AAAGGAACACCUCUGAGCAUUCUAAAGCUCAUAGUCCUCUCCUCCCAGAGCAUUUCACAUCGGUCUCAUCUCCACCUGCUUGUAUCCAGCGCCUCGUCACUCUACAAAACAACAACACAUACUUCCAAAACACAGCACAUACCUCCAAAGGAUGAGCCGCAGCAACAAGAAGAGCUCUAGGGGCCUUGACCUGAAACUGAACCUCUCACUUCCUGCAACAGGGGACUCCUCCGGGAGGGUGAUGGCUGAUGAGGAGUCAUCCCCGAGCUCCUGCCUGUCGUCAGAGAACGAGCAUGGCCUGCAGUGGUCCAACAGCCCUGAGGCCACAUCCAUGGUUCUUGCUGCCUGUCCUCGCUGCUUCAUCUACGUCAUGCUCCCACAAGAUGAUCCUUGGUGCCCCCAGUGCAAGAGCCCUGUGCUCCUUGACUUCCUGCAGGACAACAGCAACAACAGUAAUAAUAGCAGCAGGAGGAGCAGGAAGGGAUGAACGAUAUGGUUCCAUUAGGCUGAGCAUCAUGAAAAAGAGUUCUAUGAAGUCUUCCAGUAGUUCUAUUUUCUCCAGUCAUUUCUUCAGUGUGACUGAUAUAUACAUACUAAAAUAACGAAACGAGCACCCAUACGCUAGUAUUACAA